AUGAUUUAUACGAACACAACAACAGUCAAAGACUUCAUGAUAAUUGGAUUUCCAGGACUUGACCCAGCAUAUUAUGGACCUGCGUCUGCACUUCUUCUCUUCACCUACUUAUUCAUCCUUGUUGGGAACAUUUUUAUUUUAGUUUUUGUUGGGCUUGAGAGGCGUCUUUACAAGCCAACGUAUCUGAUCUUCUGUCACUUGGCAAUGAAUGAUUUGUUAUUUGGGACAGUGACCUUACCGAAAAUGAUAUCCAGAUAUUGGUGGGAUAGCAAGUUAAUAUCUUUUGGUGCCUGCUUCACUCAGAUGUAUUUUGUUCAUUCCUUAGGAGCAAUUCAUUCUCUCCUCCUGCUGAUUAUGGCCCUUGAUCGUUUUAUUGCAGUUUUUCUUCCCUUUAAAUAUCCUGUUCUGAUUACAAACAACAAUAUGUCUAUUGCUUGUGGGUUGUCAUGGAUUGGGACAUUUCUCAGGAUGAUGGCGAUUGCAUAUCAUGCUCUUACCUUGCCUUAUUGUGAUUCUAACAUCAUUGCACAGUGUUACUGUGACCACAUUUCAAUCACAAACCUGGCAUGUGGUGAAGACGUGAAGUAUGUUCAGGCUGUCGCCGUUGGUUUCGCAAUGUUCAGCCUCUUGCUUCCACUUUCAUUUGUCAUUUUUUCCUACAUUUUCAUCUUUGCAGUAGUUAUGAGAAUGCGAAGCACGGAGGGACGAUACAAAACCUUAUCAACUUGCACACCGCAAUUAGUCAUUUCUUGCCUGUACUACCUGCCGAGAUGUUUUGUUUAUCUAGCUCAUGCUAUAGGAUUUUCUUUCAGCCUGGACAUCCGCAUUUUAUUGAUAUUAUUGUAUAGUCUUCUUCCUUGUGCUGUCAAUCCGAUCAUAUAUUGCUUCAAAACCAAGGACAUCAAAGAUAUUUUGAUGAAGAGACUGAAAAAUGCUAAAGUUGGAAUGAUGCAAGCUUCAAAGUAA